CUACAUAAUUCAUGCUUCUUUUAUUACAUUAGGCAUACCUGUCUGAAGGCAACUCUUUGGUGGUUGUGGCUCUCAAGGUCGUAGUUUUAGACAUUCACAUCUUGCCUUGUACAAUUCUUGCAGAAGGCAUCAUGAAUGCUUCUUUAGUCCGCAUCAAGGUAUCUACUGAGUUAGAUACUGGGUAUAUAAUCCAAUAUCUCCUCUACUCACCUACCUAGCUAGAUACCCAGCCUGUCCGACAGAUAUUCAUAGUACCUAUCUUAUCAGAAAUCAAGAUUGAUAUUGCCUAGGUACUUAUCAUGGAUCGUUUUAACGCUGGCCACGUGCCCUUUCUACAAAAGAUCAUGGACCAAUCCACAUUGCUCAACGAGGGGGGUUUCCACAACGGGGUUUUCGACGACAGCAGCCAUUCACCAAACCUGGUUGCUAAGUGGUACGAACAUCGUUGUCCAGCCAAGUGCUGUCCUGUGAGAUGGUCAGCAUUCGCCGUUACAGAUGCUGAAAAGGGAGACCUAGAGGCUCGCACCUCGAGUAGUCCUAUCAUACAUGCCCUUUUCAAUGCCAGCGGUAACUGGCUAACCAGAUCCAUCAAGAUUCAGGACCCGUGGAUGAGAAAAAUCCUUGCCGAUGUGCUCGAUAACUACCAAGAUCUUGACGUGGUGGUUGAGAACUGGACCUUCAAGCCUCCCUUUGAGCCGCUGAUACACCGCUGGGAACAGCUCAAGAAUUAUGACCCCGACGCCAAGGGUAUCCCCGCUGACAAGAAGAGCGCCUUGUCAAAUUUGCUCGCCUUCUUGACCCCGAUCAUCAGCCCCUCCCUAAAGUCGCGCGUCAAGCUUCAGAAGGCUGGCAAGAUAGACUUCCCGAACAUAUGGCACUUAUUUGUUCCAGGCUCCUUUGCCAUAACCAAGUUCUACGGCGUCGACGUCGUCUGCCGGGUUUCCAAGUUCAAGAAAUUCGACGGCAAAACAGGUCCCAUGGAAGCUGACAGUUGGUGGAUCAUAACCUUGGAGUAUGUGGAUUGGGAUGGUGAAAAGAGCGGCUAUGCGACGACCACAGUGAAAAUCGAUGAGUUUGGAGGCUUCCGUCGAGUCACACAACUACCCGUGUUCCCGAUGUCGUAUCUAGACGACGAGGCCAAGGCGAAAGCAGCCUUUAUCGAGAGAGGACGCAAGUGCGAGCAUCUGCGCGGUCACCGGCUUAUGACAUGUACUGGUGAAAAGGUAACUCUGGAGACCUCAAGUAAAGAGAUGCGACAAGUGCACGGAAGGGUUUACAUAGACGCCUUUGGAUAUUACCGCAGCUGCAAUCUUGUCAAGCCAAACUUACGAUCGCUUCAUGACGAAGACAGGGUCCGCGAAGACAGGGCCCACGAACCUAUAGAUUCCAAAUUCAAGCUCAUGGGCCUCCCAAGUAACAAUACGAGUGCUUCGAGCUGCUUCGCUGACUACGAUACGAAACAUGUUCCGACUGCCACAAUUCCCCAGGGAGUCAAGUCUGUCGAUAAGCAUCCAGUUCAGAGAAACGAAGACCUGGCCCCCCUUACCGAGGAGCAGCUUUUAACCACAACUCCAUGGGUCAAAGGUUUCGAUCUCAAGUCGAAGGACUGGUCCGAGGUUUGCGUGGACAGCUUGGAGGAAGUGAUUUGGAACGAUGAAGCUUUCGAUAAGCUUGUUCUGCCUCAAGAUGAGAAGGAGAUGGCCUGGUCAUUCAUCAACGGCAAGCGUCGCUCGAACGGUUCCGAAUUUGACGAUUUCAUCCAGGACAAGGGUCGCGGUCUCAUCAUCCUGAUGUUUGGCCCUCCUGGAGUGGGCAAGACAUUCACAGCCGAGGCUGUCGCAGAGAAGUCCAGAGUGCCCCUGUACUCCAUGAGUGCAGGCGACCUUGGGACCAAGCCCGCUGAUGUGGAGAAGGCCCUCCAGCGCGCAUUAGAGCUUUGCCGAAUGUGGGACGCGAUGCUUCUCCUUGACGAGGCAGAUGUCUUCCUCACUUCCCGUGACAGCGAGUCGAUUGCCCGGAACGAGCUCGUAUCGAUCUUCCUGCGCAUGCUGGAGUACUACACGGGCAUCUUGUUCCUGACGACCAAUCGUGAGACGAGCAUCGACCACGCAUUCCGAUCGCGCGUCGACCUCUUCCUACCGUACAGUGGGCUUCACGCCGAGGCUCGCCGCAAGAUCUGGGAGAACUUCCUCGAGCGGACUGGCGAGGUCAAGUUCAACCUCACGGACGAGGACCUGGAUCGUCUGGCGCAGAUCAAUCUCAACGGCCGCGAGAUAAAGAAUCUGAUCAAAAGUGCCCGGAUGCUUCUUCUCGGAGAUAAAGGCACGGGGGUGUCGCCUUUGGACCGUCUGGACAUGCUUGUGAAUAACCGCACUCGGGCCCUCGGUAUUAUGUCCAGGGAGAAAUAUGUACCUGGGACGUAA